UCUGUGCAUGCAGAGAAAAACAAAACAGAACACCUUGACCCCAGAGCUCAAGCGGUCAAGGAAAACAUGCCCUGGUUCUGCCCAGUUGAUAUUUAGCGUGACAGAUGUUGUUGAAAGAACUGACUGUAAUAAAACUGUCAUUUUACCUUGCUAUGUGACUAAUCUAAAGGAGGACAAUGCAGAUGUCAUGUUUGUUACAUGGAAAAAACAAGGAAAAAUAAUUUUUUCUUUUGAUGGAGCAAAACGGCAGUUUUUCAGAGAUGCAGCAGUUCCAUCAGCUAACUUAGUAUCUCAGGCGGAUUUACCCAAGGGUAUUGCCUCUCUAAUGCUUAAGAGUGCAGAAGCAGAUGCUGGAAAUUACAGUUGUGAAGUAACAGAAUCAAACAGAGAAGGAGAAACAAGAGUUGAACUUAGAAACCACUCAGUUGUCAGUUGCGGCGAGGAAAAUACCCCAACACCAAAGGAAAAACUUGGAUCAUGGUUUCUUCUAGUGGAAAGGGCUAUCAUCAUAGCGUUGCUGUUCUUAGUUAUUAUUUUGUGUUCGGCUCAGUUAAGUGUUAUUGCAUUAAAAUAUGAAAUUGUACCUCAGAAGAAAAUGGGCAUGAUUGUAGCAGUUACCAUCUUCACAGUUGCUGCUGUUGUAGGCACUGUUCUUUUUGUCCAAGAUGGCUAUACUGCACAGAAUCAAGCUGGUCUUGGCCUAAUUGUAGUCCCUGCUGUGAUUUUGGUACCACUUCAAUACUUUGUGUUUGGAAUUGUUUUCGAUAGUCUACCACAAGCAACAUUCGCUCUGAUAGGUUUGCACAUUCUUGGUUAUGUAAUUGCUGUGGUUGGCUUUGCACUGUGUGUCUCAGCCUGUCCUCCGUUACAUGGGUCUGUUUUGAUUGCUGGCUUAGCUAUUAUGGCUAUUGCAAAUUUGCUUAGUCUGGCUUACAUGUUUAUUAUGGGUUCCAGAAUGAAAGAUCAUCCUCGUCCAGGGAAAGCUGUAGAAGAACCACUAAAUGAACUGCAGAGCUAUGUGAUAUGUGAAAAGUACACCGUUGUUGAUACACCGUGGCCUUGAAGAUGCACUACUCAAAGAGAAGAAAUUCAGGAAACUAAUUGUUUUGCAUGUGUGGCAAAAGUGCUUUUGAUAUAAAUGAUGUAAUUUUAUAGUCACAGCAGCUGUAGCGAGGAACAUGUGUGUUUGCCCACAUGUGAUCUUUAUUUACUUUUGUUACGGUAUAUAUGGUAUGACUGAGGGUGAGAAUAUAAAAAGCACUGUUUGCCCACUACAGGGUCUCCCUGCAGUAAUCCUUAGUGGUAUUAUUUUCAAAAACUAUCAGUAGUCACUGCUUUGAUAACGGGCCUGCUCAGCCCGAAGAUUGCAAUACCAUUUAGACUAUUGUUUUCUUUAUUUGUGUGCAUGGGCAAGGUAUGGUCAUAUGUCUAUGAUACAAGCAGGAAGUAGAGAUUGUACAAAUACUUCUUUUCUGACAUUCAGCAA